AUGGGAAAAGAAAAUAACCAAAACAGAUGGCAUCCCCAAGAGGCAGGGUUUCGGGAACACGCUUUCCCUGGGAUACCAACCAAGGAGCUCUCCCAGAUCCCACCCCUUCACCCCCGCGUCCCGGCCGCACACCGGACAGGACAGCACGGCCGGGGCCCCGCUUCACCCCGCCCGUCGCUGUCCCGACAGACACCCGUCCCUCGGCACCCCGCCGCCGGCCCGGGACCCCGGCCUGAUCAAGGCUCAGGCGGCCGCUCGCUGCCCCAGCCUCCCACGGGCUCAGCCCCGGAACCCUACCGACACCCCUGCGCUCCCCGAAAGCGCGGGCCGGGAGGCCGUCGCACAUCGCUCCCCUCACGGAGAAGCCGGGGGGGGCCGUCGCCCCGACCGCCUCUCCUCACCCUCCCUCGCCCCCGGGCUGUGCCGGCCAGAGGCGGCCGCAGGGCAAAGCCUCAGCCCAACGAAGACGCUACUCACCCCACGUCCGCCCCGCCAGCGGGCCGCCCGCCCCAACCGACGCACAAUUCAAACCCCAACAUCCGCCGCCCUCCCGGAAGCCCCGCCUCGCUCACCGCCCCGCCCGCCGCCCGCUGCCUCGGACCCGCCAUCCCGGGCGAUCGGUGCUUGACUGGAGGCUCCGGCGGGCCCCGGCGGGAGCGGGACGGGAGCCUGUGA